AUCAAAGACCCAUUAAAAACACAACAUUUCCCUACUAUAUAUCAGUUAUCACUCCCCAAGUCCCCCUCUUUGUUUCCUACUCUCUUCCUCCAACUCUACAAACAGAGAAAAAAGAUGGCUUAAAUGAGCCUAUUCAUCUUCCAAUAACUUCUUUCUUGCACAAAAAAUGAAGUAAUUGAAAAUCCAAACAUCUGUCUUCUUCACAGAAGUAGAUGGCUCACUAUCACUAUCAAAAGCUUCCAUUUUUAUUAGAUUCUUUGUAUUGCAAAGAUGAGAACUUUCAAGUGUUAAAAACCAAGUCAAUUUGUUUGUUAGAACAAGAUUUGAUAUGGGAAAAAGAAGAGUUAAUCUCUUUGUUGUCCAAAGAACAAGAAAAUCAAAUGUAUAAUGUUGUAAUAAACAGCCCAUUUUUGUCUGUAUCUAGAAACGAAGCAGUUGAAUGGAUUCUUGAAGCCAUUGGUUAUCAUAAUUUUUCUGCUCAAACUGCAAUUCUUGCUGUAAACUACCUUGAUAGGUUUCUUUUUAGCUUUCAGUCACAAAUUGAGAAGCCAUGGAUGAAUCAACUUGUUGCUGUUACCUGUCUUUCUUUAGCUGCAAAAGUUGAAGAGACCCAAGUUCCUUUACUUCUAGAUCUCCAAUUGGAGGAAUCAAGAUACUUGUUUGAGCCAAGAACAAUUCAGAGAAUGGAGCUAUUGGUACUUUCUACACUCAAGUGGAAGAUGAAUCCAGUAACCCCAUUUUCAUUUCUUGAUUACUUCUCCAGAAGGCUUGGAUUAAAUAACAACAUUUGUUAUGAACUUCUUAGGAGAUGUGAGAGGGUGCUUCUAGCCACUAUUACUGAUUGUAGAUUUAUGUGUUGUCUUCCUUCUGCUAUGGCUGCUGCCACAAUGUUACAUGUUAUUGAUAUGCUAGAGCCUUGCAUUGGAGGGGAUUACCAGGAACAACUUUUGGGCAUUCUUGGACUAGUCAAGGGAAAUGUGACAGAUUGUUAUAAGCUAAUCCAGGAAGUGGCUGCCAAUAUUGAUUUCAACUCAAACAAACGCAAAUUUGGUGCAUUGCCAGGAAGUCCCAUAGGUGUUAUGGAUGUAUCAUUCAGUUCUGAUAGCUCCAAUGACUUGUGGGUAGUGGAUGCAUCCAUUUCUUAUUCUCCAGAGCCAUCGUCAAAGAAGACUAAAACAUAAACGUUACGAGAAGAAAAAGGGAUAUUGCAUUUGGCACGAGAUGAUAAAGAGAGCUUUUUCCCUUACAUGGCGAAAAAUAGAGUAGACAAUGCAGCUGCUAGUAACCUUACAAUCAGUCAAUGGAUUCUCAAAAUUUUUGUAUGAAUUAGUUUUUCCUAAGGAGACUACGGAUACUCAAUUAGUUGCACAUCUAUUAUGUCCAAUAACACUCUGUUAUUAUUAUAAUUCACAAGUUAAAUUGCUCAUAA